GUCGCGGUCGGUCGCUUUUUGAUGAUGUAAGCCAAGCGUCGGAGGCGAGCGGGAAUGUUUGCGUCAUUCGUGCGAGCCCCAAAGCAUCCUGACAAGCCGCAUGGCUGCGGGCUCUGUGGAGUCGCAGCGGCCCAAGGCGGCCUCCGAGAGGCCGGUGGCGGGUCAGGCCGGGAUUCUGCCUUGCCUGGAACUACCGAGCUAUGCCGCGGCGUGUGCGCUGGUAAGCAGCCGCUAUUCCUGCUUGGUGGCCGCCCCGCACCGCAGGCACAUCGCCUUGUCGCCCCGCUACCUGAGCAGGAAGCGCACGGGCAUCCGCGAGCAGCUGGACGCCGAACUCCUGCGCUACUCCGAGAGCCUUUUAGGUGUUCCCAUUGCAUAUGAUAACAUCAGAGUUGUGGGUGAACUGGGAGAUAUUUAUGAUGAUCAAGGACACAUUCAUCUUAACAUUGAAGCCGAUUUUGUUAUUUUCUGCCCUAAACCAGGGCAGAAACUGAUGGGUACAGUUAAUAAAGUGUCUUCUAGCCAUAUUGGCUGUUUAGUACAUGGAUGUUUUAAUGCUUCUAUCCCUAAACCUGAGCAGAUGUCAUAUGAGGAGUGGCAAACAUUGGAGAUAAAUGUAGGGGAUGAACUGGAAUUUGAUGUGUUUCGCUUAGACUCAGAUUCUGCUGGAGUAUUCUGCAUUCGAGGAAAACUAAAUACCACAAGUUUGCAGCAUAAGGGCUCUGUAGUUUCUGAAGAUGUAGAAGAAACUGUCAUUGAAGAGGUUGUUGAAAAAAUUCCAAAGAAGAAGAAGAAGAAAGACAAAGACAGAGAAGUCUGUGCAACAGUGGAAAGUGUUACAGAGGUAGCAGAUGUUACAGAUGCUGCUGCAGAGGACGAAGCAGGCCUGCCGUGUAGUGAUGAUGUCAAUGACUUCUUUGAGGAAGAGCCAAAGAAGAAGAAAAAGAAGAAGAAAAGGCACCAGGAAGAUCAGGACCCCAUUUUCCAAGCCAGUGACUCCAGUGGCUACCAAAGUGACCAUAAAAAGAAAAAGAAGAAAAGAAAACACAGUGAAGAGGCUAACUGAGUCACCUAAGAAGAGACAGUAAUUGUCUUUUCUAUUGUUAACAUAUUCAGAUAUACAGGUGAAUAGAUUUUUUGAAUGGUAGGAAAUGCUGAUAGGAAAUUCACAAACAAAUACUUGAUUGGAGGGUUUUGUACUAAAAUCAUACAACUGAUUAUAUAAAUUUUGGAUAAUACCAGUAUUAUUAUAGUAUUAUUUUAUUACAGUAAAGGGGAAAUGUUAACAAAUGUUUCUUACCUUGACUCAUAUUGUUAAUGUUCUACGUAAAAUUUUACAUUCUCAACAUCUGCCAAAGAACUUUAUGCUUUCAAUUUUUUUCUGAUAAUAAAUGUUGUCUUUAGCCAGAACAUUUUUUUUAAAAAGCACAAUACAUUUACUAAGUUUAAAUUUUCCUUAAACAGUAUUUCUAUUUUAUUUAAAAUGUAUACCUAAGGAAGAUUAUCUAGAACUCUUACAUACCCUGUGACUGUCUGUUGAAUGUGUGGUGGGCGGAAAACUCAUUGUCUCUCCCAGAGGGUGUGUGUACAUGUGUUCUUGAAUUCCGAGACUGUUAGGGGAAGGGCUGUUAAUUUCUACUUUGUGUUUCAGUAGUCUUUAUUUUGUUAUAUAGAUCAUGAGCAAGGUGAAGAUGGGAUAAAUGUGGUUCUUGCUAGUUGAAAAUCUCCAGUAAGCUUUUAAUGAUUAGGGGUGUUCUAGACUUGUUUGAGGAGGAGCUCCACCGUCAUUACUGCUUUCACUGAUAAAUGUGGGAUGUGUUAUGCCUAACCAGAAGGUUAUAAUGAAGAUGAGUUGGUUGAGGUUCAUAAUCAACCCAUAGCCAGGCACUUAAUAGUUGUAAUGUGUUUUAUUGAGGCCAAAGGAUAUAAAAAUCAAGUUAAUGUUCAUUUCUCUGUGAAGCAAAAUGGGAGAAACACUUGUGUGCACACAGCCUAAGUGAGGAAAUAAAACAGUAAUUGUAAAUACCAUGAAGAAAACAUUGAUCUCCUUAGUUAGUAUCUGGAAAUAUACGGGCGUAGGGUUGACCUUCCGUGUCAGUCAUUGCUGUUGUCACUGACUGGCAGACAUAGUGUGAGCAUCAAUUUACUAUUUGAUAAGGAGUAACUUUUGGCAACCAUGUUUCCUGAUUUAAUGUAUGGUAUAUAGAGCAUAAAGAAUGCAGCAAUUUAAUGUGUACAGGUAGAUCUGACCAACAGAGGAAAGGUACAAACCAACAUCUUUCACUCAGGAUACUUGAAAAUUUUUAUGUGGCUUUCAGGUCCCUUCUUAAACUGUGACUAUUCCAAAUUAACAUGCCUUGUCUCAGUACAAAAUAUGAGAUUUUAAAUUAAAGAUAUUUUAAGAAAUACAAAGAAUACUGCAAUACAGUUGUCUUUCCCUCCUUUUACCUCAUCCCUCCUGUUCCCAUACCUACCCACUCCCGCACCCACUCUCCUUCCUCCAUCCAUCCUUGAUGUCUAUUAAAAAAUGGAGUACAGACCUAGACAGAAUUCUUGGCAGGAAUCGCCAGUGGUGGAGAAGCACUUAAAGAAAUGCUCAACACCCUUAGUCAUCAGGGAAUUGUAAAUCAGAACAACUCUGAAAUUCUGUCUUACACCUAUCAAAAUGGCUAAGAUAUUAAAAAAAACAAAACAAAACAAAAAACCUCAAGCAACAGCUCGUGCUAACGAGGAUGUGGAUGUGGAUCAAGGGGAACACCCUGGUGGGGGUCCAAACUUCCAACUGCUUUGGAAGUAACUUUGGUGUUUUCUUAGAAAACUGGGAAUAGAUCUACCUCAAGACACAGCUCUGGGACAUAUACCCAAAAGAACCACUACCAUAUCACAAGACAUUUGCUCAACUAUGUUCAAAGCAGCUAUUCAUAAUAGCCAUAAACUGGAAACAACCCACAUGUCCUUCAACUAAAGAAUGCAUAAAGAAAAUAUGGUUCAUUUACACAAUGGAAUAGUACUCAGCUAUUGAAAACAAUGACAUCAUUAAAUUUGCAAAUGGAUGGAACUAGAAAAGAUCCUGAACCCAGAAAGACAAACAGUCUGUAUUCACUUGUAUGUGGAUUUUAGUACAGGAUAACUGCUAUAAACCACAGACCCAAAGAUACUAAGCAUGGAAGACCCACGGGGGACACGCUCAUAUCUCAUUGAGAAGGGGAAAUUGAAAAUUUAACUUUUUGCUUAACACUUUUGCUAAGUAAAAUAUUAAUUUUAUCCUGUUUCCAGUUUAUUUUUUCUCAGUGGUUAAGUAAGAUCAUAGAUGAAACUCAUUACAUUACUUCAGACAAUGCUCUUCAAAUGAAUUUGUAAAUUGAAAGGGAUUGUAAUGUUUGUUUUGUAAGGAUUUGAUGUAACAUAUCUAGAAAAUGUUCAAUAAAUCCUUCAUAUUUUAGGAGUUGAAUUUGUGAUUAUAUUUAGCACAGUAUGGUAAGUCACAUGAUUCUUGCCUUCCAUGAACACCAAAACAACAUGUUAAAUUUAUCUAUUGAUAAAAAAAUAGAUAAGCA